CAUGCGCCGUCGCUUGCAAACCCUUUUUCCUCUUCCGCUGCAGACUCGAAAAGAUGGCCAAGCGUACAAAGAAGGUUGGCAUUGUUGGAAAGUAUGGUACCAGAUAUGGUGCCUCUCUUCGUAAGACUGUCAAGAGAAUGGAAAUCUCACAGCACUCCAAAUAUACCUGUCAAUUCUGUGGAAAGGACAGUAUGAAGAGGAAAGCAGUGGGCAUCUGGUUCUGCUCCAAGUGCAGGAAGAUUGUCGCUGGUGGUGCAUGGGUAUACAGCACAACUGCAGCUGCAACUGUUAGAAGUGCCAUCCGUCGUCUGAGAGAAAUGAAAGAGUCCUAAGCUGUAAAUACCCAAUAAAAAGUCGCCACAACGUU